UUCGUUCUUUCUUUCUGUAGUGGUUCUUCUCGGGCAGAAAAUAUUCUUCCUCGUUUGUCUCAAGAAAGAAGUAACUCCUCGCCUGGAUCAACAGACCAAAAAGAACGCCUGUCUCUAUACUCUCCUGGUUCAAUGGAGCGAACAGAUCGCCUUUCUCUUCACUCACCCGCAUCGAUAGAUCGAACAGAUCGAUUCUAUUUACAAUCUCCCAGCUCAAACUCAGAUAAGGGUAACACAAAAAGCCCAAGCAGUUCUUUUACUCCGUUUGGUGGUUCCAGCAGCCGUCACUACCUUCACAGCAGCAUUCCAAUAAUAUCUCCGGCAGCAUCUUUGCCCACUGCUCUCGGCUUACCUGCUGCUUGGUUGCAAUAUUCACUGUAUCCUCCACCAACUUCUCUUGCAAGCAAUACACGGCCACUUAGCCUAGUGGAGUAUCACCAACAAUUCAAGCAGGCCAGUAUGCCAACUGACUUAUCUUAUUUCAAAUACAAAGCUCCUUUAAUGAACAGAAACUAUUUAGAACUUGCUAUGCUCGUGUGUAACACAUUUCGUGGUAAGUUAUUUCCUUGUUCACACUGUCGUUAUGUCACAGACAGACGCAACAAUCUAAAAAGACACAUUUCUACAAUGCACCAAGCCUGCGAUAAAGUCCUGGAAUGCUGUGGUGUCACUUUCGCAACGAAAGCGUCUCUGAGGGAACACAUCACAAUAUUUCAUCACAACGGUUAUUCCUGUCCGUUUUGUGGGCGACGAUUCUGUCGGAAAGCUUUGCUAAGACGUCACCUGUCUGUCCAUAAUGGACAAAAGGACUAUAACUGUCCACAUUGUGAUUAUGCAACUAGCCACAAGAGUAAUCUAGAGAGACAUAAACGAAUUCAUGAUAGACUGAAAAUAAAUGAACCAGUGCCACUGCUUGCCCACAGCAGAAUUACCAAUACCAAUAUUAACAAUGGCUUUAAUUCCUCCGACAGUGAUGUAGACUGCACUACGACUAAUUGUGAUACAGAUAACUAUAAUAAACUCCUUGAUACAACCAUAAUGCCGCCGGAAAAUAAUCCCAUUCCUCUGUUAACUAAUAGAAAAAGUUCUUGCAUUGACGAAAAAUCAAAGUUUUCGGAAACGAUUUCUUGUGAUGUAGAUUGAUAUUGAAGUUAGCGUUGGAUUUCCCUCUUCUGGCUUAGAACUAUUCUGGUCAGCUUUAGCAUUUGGAUACAUCAUUUAGUCUUAAAUCAAAGAAUAUAUAUCGUCUGUGAAAAUCUGGACAAGUAUAUUAGACGCCAACUAAAAAACGAUAAGAAAUUUAACUGUAAAUGAUAAAAAAGAAAUGUGGAACAAUUAAAAGUUUGGAGGACAAUUUCAAUACUGCAGUACUGUAGUGACGUGUUAAAUGUAAGACAAGUUAGAGAAACCCGUUUCAAUGAGAAAGCAUGAAAUUCCUCUAAUUAUUUAGACAUACAUUUUGCUGGGCAAUAUCUUGGAAUUAAUUUAUUUUAUAACAUCAAAAAUACGUUUUGCCAGUCUACAACAGCCAAUCCUCCAAACAAUAAAUAUUCGAUAGUGCUUGGUAGACUUUUAUCAUGAAAUAACAU